CAUGUGGCUCAGUAAUGUGUGAUAAUGUGUGUCUGCAGUGCUGCAGCAGAAGGCUGAGGAUGAGCCUCAUAUUUGAUCCUGUUUUUAUCUCUUCUUUAUCACUUUUAUCUCCAAAUGCAUGAAAACCAUCAACCUGCAGACCCCAAACACCUUGACCAGAGCUGCAGACUGAUUUUAAGUUUGUGGUUUCCCCUGAAAUGCGUCAAAAAGCCAGAGAUUUCCUGUGUUUUCUGUCCUCUCUCAUCCCUCCAUCCCUUGUUGUGUAACCUCUCUCUGCCUCUCGCUGCCGCAGUGAAGGAAACCCCCUCUCUCCGCUCCUGUGCGUCGCUCUGCCGCCUGUCCUUUUAAGGCAUGGGGGAUACCCGUCGUCACAGCCGGAAGCGGUCCAUAUUUGGGCAGCUACGAAGGGGCACGGCGGGGGGAAUCCCUCGCGCCGGUGUGGACCAAUAACGGCAGGCCGGGAGUUACCUUGGAGACGGAGAGUAUAAAAGGCGGCAGCGCGCGGAGAGAGCUCAGCAUCCUCAGCAUCUCUGCCUGGAAGCAGCAUCAGCUCACGGAUUAUCACUGACAUUUUAAAAAGGGGGAAAUCCCGAACUGAAGCGUUUCUAUCUGAUCUAUAAGGAUGCUUCUGGAAAGGGACGACAGCUUCAUGUCUGAGUUUGAGGACGCCUGCAGCGCCUGGGUGGACAGCGUGGGUUCAAGCCCCAGUGAAGGGGGGGACUCUGAUGUGGGAUCACCGUUCAGCCAAGUUUUCUCUCCUGGAACUGACGCCUCAGACUCUGACUUCUUCUCCGAUUUGAGUGACUGCUCUUCGGACACCCUCUCUCCAUCCCUCGGCUACACCGGGAGCUUCUUCGCUGAGCCGGAGCCUGCGGCUGCGGGGCUGAGCAGCACCGCAGACGCCAUCCUGAACAUGAUCACUGAGAUCGUGGGGAUUUGCACUGAGAUGGAGCAGCAGCAGCAGCAGCAGCAGCAGCCCGCCCCCGACUUCAGCCUCCCUCCUCCGGCUGCAGAGCAGCUGCCUGCAUCCGCAGCUUCAGCACCAGUGGUGAUCAAAUCAGAGUUUGGGAGCUCCAGCUGCAGCAGCGGCUGCUCUCAGACCUCCACGCCCGGGAGUGACGCUCUGCUCCUGCCUGCUGCAGACUCUCUCCUCCCGCUCAUUGCUCUGGAGCAACAGAUGGAUGUGGCUGAUUUCAUCGAGUCUCUGCUGAGCUCCGAGGCCGGGCAGAGCGAACUGAAGCCCGGCUGUGAAGUGAAGCAGGAGCCGCUGGAGCUGGAGGACUGGCUGAAGGGUUUACCGGUUCCAGUAACCGGCGGGGACUCCGGUAACUACGUCAUCAGCAGCGCCCCUUCCACCCUGGACGCGCACCUGCUUUCCUCCCUCCUGCAGGGCGCGUUCCCGCUGGUUAACAUCAGCGGCGCGCAGGCGGCGGGGGCGCCCAAGCAGCCGCGGUCGGGGCGCAGGGCGCACGCGCGGGGCGGCGUCAAACCCAAGCCGUUCCCGUGCUCCGUGCAGGGCUGCGAGCGCCGCUUCUCGCGCUCCGACGAGCUCAACAGGCACGUGCGCAUCCACACGGGCCAGAAGCCCUUCCAGUGCACCAUCUGCGCGCGCAGCUUCAGCCGCAGCGACCACCUGACCACGCACACGCGCACGCACACCGGGGAGAAGCCCUUCUCCUGCGACGUGUGCGGCAAGAGGUUCGCGCGCAGCGACGAGAGGAAGAGGCACGGGCGCGUGCACGUGAAGCAGCAGCUGCGCGCCCAGAUGAUGGCCGCCUACUCUCUGGCCCUGAACGCGCCUGGCGUCUAAAACAAACGAACAUUUGGAGGUGUUUUUUUGGAAGUUUUUUCGGAUUUCAACCGAGAACCGGACAGACGUGACGUCAUACCGGUGUACAGGUGCUGUUGCAGUGCCCUGAGGGUUCAGGUGCGGACCGAGCCAGCAGCUGAGCGGGCCUCUGUGACCCUGUGACCCCGCAGCCUGGAGGAAGGCCUCUGCUGUAAAAUAAAACCAACUUUUUCUGCAUGAAGCCGUAAAGAGACUCUGUGAAUGUCGACGUCAGAAUGUCGUGCUCCUGUUGUUGAUAUUUUUCUGUAAACAGCUUUCUAUAUUUGAAGAGUCUCAUGUUUGCAACACAUCUCUAUUUUUCUAGAUGGACUGUCUACCUCUCAGUGUCACUGUUUUACAAUCAGAGUGUGUAUAUUUUAGAGAAGAAUCCAGAUGUUUCUCUGGCCAGGUUAACGUGAAACACGAUGUCACUUUUUUUUCUAUGAAAUGACUGGAGGUGCUCCAGGUGCGUGCAGGUUGAAGCUGCACCGAUGCUUUGUGGGAUAUGUUGUCCUGUGGUCUGUGGUGUGACAUCUGAAACACACCAGCUCAGUGAGAGCUGAGCUCCGAGUAGCACACAUGGCUGUGCAAGUUUACUGUUCCCUCAUUCUGCAUGGAGGCUGUUGUUGCUGUUAAUAAACAAA